CCAACAGAACGGGUUAGUGCGAGUUAGUGCCUUUUGCGCAGCGUUUGAGAACUUGUGUCGAGAAUUCGUUCUUCCUGUUUUCCAUUGUUGCAAGUUCUUUUGCAAUACUAUUAAGAUUUAUUAAUUAUUAAUCAUAAAAGCAGUGUGUUUUAUAAAACGAUUAUAGAUUAACACAGUGUCAGCACAGCAAAGUUCUCUUUAAGUGAACGAUAACUAUUUUUUUUGUGAAUGAUUUUGAAGAAUAAGCUAAAUUAAGCUGGUUAUACCGAUGGAAUUGGAAUCGAUGGCACCAAUCGCUCAUAAGACCUAUUUCCCACGGAGAGAAGAUGAAUAAAUUGUGCCGUCAACUCUCGAUCGAGAGCCCGAGCGUGACCGGCCGGGAUUGUGUCUUCAGCUUCGAUGUACCCGUGCCGGAUGUGCCGCCGCACGGUGCCCGUAUCCGGGUAAUGUGCGCCGGUGCUUGCUACCAUCCCCGACGAUCACCAAGUCUAACUAGCUUAACUUCGGUCUCGAGCGGCAGCAGCAGCGUGGCCGCCGACAUAUCCAUGGAGAGCGAUUAUCCGGUAUCCCUGCCGCAUCAUGGGGUACGCGACGCCGCUCUGUUCCCUGGCUAUGAAGUGGCCGGCGUGAUCGAGUCGUUCGGCACUGAGGUACCCGAGGACAAUGAACUCGCCGUUGGCGACCGCGUUAUACUUUACCCCUAUGACGGCAUUCCCAAUGGCUACGUCGAAUACCUGGUAGUGCACGAUCUCAAGUAUCUGAUUAAGCUCCCGGACAAUAUGUCACUCAGCGUGGGGGCUAUGCUACCGGCCGGCGCUCUUCUCGCCAUGAAUACAGUCUUCGCUGCGCACGAGCACGUGCAGACAUUAUUGAAGGAAAGAGGCGAAAACAGCGUAUGCAAGAUUCUGGUAGUUGGCACAGGCGGUCUUGCCUUGUGGGCCCUCAGAAUCGCAUCUUAUCAUUUUAGCAACAUGAAAGACAGAGUCACUACUACAAUAGCCACUCUUAAGGAUGAAGGUCUUCUCAUAGCUCAAGAAUUCCAACGAGUGAACGUAGUACAGUGGAACGAGGAUCUUUAUGAGAAACAGUUGAUCGAACGUACAAUGGAUGCCUGCGGUGGCCAGGUGGAUGCGGUAAUCGAUUUCGGUACGACUUCGCGCAACCUGCAUCGUAGCAUGCAGUGCCUAAGCAAAGGCGGUGUGGUAUUUGUGAUCAAAGAAGUGGCCGAUCGGCUGCUGCCCAAAUUCAGCCGACGAGCGGAAGAACGGCAGCAGUCCAUCAGACCGGUAGAACCGGGCACGCUGGAGCAACUGCGAGAGCUGGUGCAACUAGUCGCAUCCGGCGAGAUCGAGCCACCCCCGCAUACAGUGUAUCCUGCCGAGGAAGCUCUAGACGUUGUCCAAAAGCUUUGUCACUCGGAGAUUCAAGGUCGCGCGAUUCUUCGUUUCUACCCCGCGGACUAGAGGAUUUCGUUGAGAGAUUUCUACGCGAUCGCGGAUCGAGCGAUAGAUUUGACGAUGACGACCGAAAAAAGUCAGGUCCGGCCCGGGUGUUGAGAAUUGUACGGUUACUACAUGUGUGCGUUUCGAAAUUUCGAUAUGAAACUGAGGAAGACUAUCGAGUGCAACAGUAGUUGUUGCUUCGUACUGAAGGCCGGAGAUAAAACGUUGACGUGCGUAUGUCCGAUAUGUAGGACAAUAGUUUGCGAAUCCAGAGACUUGUCGAAUGCAGGGAUCUUCGUAGAGUGAAACGAGACAUCAAUUCGAAGAGGUUUAACUCAUCAGAUUUCACAAAAUCUGACGAUGUAUUUUAUCAUGAAAGAUAAAAGAAUUGACGAAAAAUCGAUAUACUGGUUUAUGACUGAUUAAAUAUUAAUUGCAAAGUUGAAAAAAUCUUAUAACAACAGUACUAAAUGCUACGUAAAUCCAAUUUAAUUUUGUCGGAUAUUUUGUCGGAUAUUGAUUGACUGCUUUUUUGCUGUGGAGAAAUGUUAUCUUCCGAAAGUUUUCAUUACAUUAAAAACAAAAUCUUUUUUACAUUUUUUUCCUGGAAAUUUACUAAUGAAACGAAGCAAUAGUCAUAGUUUAUCACUUCGUAUUAUUUUGCGUUUGUCUUUUACAUAACGAGCAAUUAGCUCUUGCAAAUGGAGAGGAAUAAUUAUUAGUCGGACUGAGAUAACAGCUUAGAUAGCACGAAAAAAAUGACGUAAAAACUCCAUAACGACAAGAACGUGGCAUUAUCAUAAGAGAAGCGACGGUCUCGAUUUCUUUUUUAUGGGUACCUCAUAUUUGUCGUUUCUUAGCACAAAAUGAAGUCAGGAUAACAUUAUAAUUUAUGGAUGCUUGUGUCGAAAGCACUAAUGAAGUUAAGCAAUUAAUAUACGAGUAAUCUGUUUUCGUAUAAUCAAGAAUACUUGAACGGAAAUAUACUAAACUAAGGACAUGAAAAUACAAAGCAAUACAAUCGCGUCUUUUAGAGACGCGUGAAGCUUUGUGGCGCUGUCAUAUCAAAAUGCGCACGAUAAUAAUAACAAUAAUUUUGACUUCCGAUGUGUGUUGACAUUUUUAAAGAUAAGAAUUAACGCAUACCGACAACUGUAAAAUAGUUAUAUUAACUGUCUUUAAUAUUUUUAUUGUAUCUAAUGUGCGGGUACUUAAAGUCGUUUGACUUGCUUAGAAGUAGAGAUAAGACAAUUAAAAGGAAUGAAAUGACUUCGAAUAAUUGUAUCGAUUAUAUGCUACUUUAAUCAUAAUUACAUUAUAGCUAAUAAUAGCUAUUUAAAGUUGUUGGUAUCUGUAAAAAUGCCGAUACUACGAGAGGGAUUAAUAUUUUUGCUGAAAACUGAUGAAAAAUGUUAAAAUGUUUUUCUAUAAAAUACUUAAUUGAUGUUACGUGUAUUUGAACAGAUUGUUCGGAAGAAAUUUGUAUUUAAACAUUUAGAAUGAAUUUUUCAAACUAUCUUUGUUUAAUUACCUCAAAUGUGUAAGAUAUUGUUGAAUGUAUAUAAACGUAACGAUAAAUACAGACCGAUUUGUUACAAUAAAUUCGAUAUGAACAGAUUUUAAGGGAUCUGGACAGCGGUUUCCGCUUACAUGAUGAGAAUCAGCGACUUCGUUGAACACACAUUUAUUAUAAGCGGUGCUUUUUACAAUGUUAGCGAUAUUUACUAUGCUAUUUAUCUUAAUUAUCGAGAAACUUUGCUCGCGAUAAUAGUAACGGCAAAUUAAUAUCUCUAUAAUUCGGAAACAUGUUGUAUGUAUAAAUAUCGUAAAUGUUCCUCGAUAAUUAACAAGGCACUGACGAAGAUACCGCUGAUGCAGUACAAAAAUGUACCACUGCAGAGCCCAAAACAAGUCCGAUAUUUGCGAGCACACUUCAAUGCAUACUGUAAUGGUUUAGCAGCGCAGGAUCAAAUGUGUAUGAAUUCAAUGUCAAUUCAUGAAUAAUCGACCGGAUGCGCCUGUACAAGCGCCUAGAAUAAGUUUCCUAUUAAGGUAAGGAGAUGUCGAGCUGUAGUAAAUAUCUGUCCUAUCAUAAGGUCACUAUAGCGAGGUAAUCAAUGUCAGAGCGAUGUAAAACUCGAAGAAUAACAUGACUGCAAAGCUAGGGACAUAACCGGCGAAGAUUCAAAGUUGUUUCUUUGCAAGAUGGAUACGAAAAAGUAACUUCUUCGUAAAUAAAUUCAGGCUCUAUCUUAUAGAAUUAAAAAAUGAUUAAGAUGAAAUAAUAUGAUUAAGAUACAUUUCUUCACAACAGUUUAGUUAGCAGAUACACUUUUUUUAGACAUUUAAUGAAUCGAUAUGUUGACGUAUUUAAUUAUACUCGAGUUUUUUAAAUAUGUUUAUCGGACCAAAGAUGCCUGAGCGUUGAUCACAUCUGGUAAUAUUUUCUUAAUUAAACUUCUCUUCCGAAGAUGGUCAUCUCGCUAUAUUGUUAAUAUGCCACUUUAUGGUUUUAUCAUGCAAAUAUUCGUGUAAGUAAUACGUUAUUUUAUUAAGAUUCUAUUGAGAUUGUAUUUAAAGUAGUUGCAUUUAAAGGUGCAUGUGAAGGUGUGUGCGUUUUAAAGUCAAGAAAAACGUUAAGAAAUCGUUAAAUAACGCAUACUUACACGCUAUCCGGGCCUUGCCGUCAUAUAUCUGCCGAUUUCGCGAAACUAAUACGCGACAUCGUGGAUCUGAAUCUUAUCAUAAACCGGCACAAUAAGAGCAUAAUACUUUAUUGAGCGUAUAUAUAUGUGUCCGGAAUAUCUCGUUGAUCGUCGUUAAUUGUUAGAUCAGUAUGUACCUUUGCCUAGUGUAAGUUAAUGUAAAUUCGCGUAAUCUUGCGACAUGAUUCUCGCGUCGGUCGCAAUACAGUCGCAAGCUGUACCUCAGAAAGACUGUUUUGUUUAUUUUAAACGGUAUACUGAUAUUUCUUUUAUUAUUUUUUAUCGUAUGUACAUUAAGGCUAGGCGAUAGCUUAGUGCCGUAGCAUAUGCAUCAUGUAAUAUUAUCGUACCUACUCGAUUGUAACAGUAAAUUACAUUACUAUUACAUUACGCUGAUAAUACAACCAAUAUAUCUUAUUUUUCUUUUUCUAAAUAACAUGUUUUCUAAAUCUUUCUCGUAACAACAUACUCUAUAAACUACAACCAAAUAUUUCGAAUUUUUUUGUUUAUUUGAAUUGUCAUACACAGAAAAAUUGUAAAUAUAAUAAAAAAAUAUUUGAAAUUCAGAAAAAA